CUCAAAUGCAUGCCCUCCGUGAGUGUGACUGGGUUCGUAGAAGAUGGAGAAACUGUGACGAGAAGGAUCUCUUUGAGAAGGGAGAAGGGAAUUCCUGUUUCUAAUGGAUUAAAGAGGUUAUUAAAAGCUUCUCUAAAGAUAGAAUCCAAAGAUUCAGCUCGAUAUUGUGGUACAUGUGGAAAGAGCGAUGUAAUUAAAAGUUCACCAACCGAAAGAUGGAGGAGGAGGAAAUAAUCCAUCGAGCUUUGGGUUGGCUCUCUUUCUUCCUUGCUGGUCAUGAAACCCCUGGUCCAUAUUCUCUUGCUGGACCGGUUUUUGCUUGCACUGUGCAGGAUUGUCGUUGGGCUCCUCCUCCUGAGGGUGUUUUCAAGUUGAAUUCAGAUGCGGGGGUGAUCCAAGAUUGGGGGAUUGGAUUGGGAUGUAUCAUCCGUGAUAGUCGAGGAAAUUUUGUUGGGGCGAUGGCGAAGAAGGAGAGGGGUGUCUGUAGACCGAUUGAAGCGGAAUCAAAAGCUUUGGUGUUGGGUUUAAGGGAAGCGAAUCGCAGAUUGCUCAGUCCCCUUAUUGUUGAAACGGAUUGUCAGGUCCUUGUGAAUCUACUUAAGAAGGGAGAAGAGGAUUUUACUGAUCUGAGUUUAUGGUGCUACGAGUUGAAGGAAAUGGCGAAAGUGAAUGAGGAUUUUUUGGGAUGUGAGGUUAUGUGGGAGUUUAGGCCGAGAAGGCCAACUCUGUAGGCCACUGGUUGGCUCACACUGAGUUGGGUUGGGAUCAACAGAUUGUUUGGGUUGAAAACCCUCCUUUAUCUCUUUGCUGUAUGAUUGAGGCUGAUUUGGGCCUGGGUCCCUGACCGAUUAAUAUAUUUAUCAAGAUUUCCUAUAAAAGGGGUGGAAUUUU